UCUGAAAGGCGCGUCGGGCCGCGUCGCGCUGGUGCAGGUGCAGAGGCUCAUCGAGAGAGAGAGAGAGAGAGAGAGAGAGAGAGUGAUAAGGAUGCGAAAAGGAGAGAAGGGGAAGAAGAAGGGCGAGAAUGAAGGGAAGCGCCGGAGGAAAGGGUGCAGGGCAUGAGUAAAAGGAUUUCAGCAGUGCGUCUUGCAUCCCGGGGGUCGUGUAGGAAUGAUUUUAGGAAGGGGGCACUUUGAGAUAUGAUGAGCGCUCUUACUGGCUGGCGAUAGUACUAUGAUUUGGUAUGUGGCCACUUUGAUAGCAAGUGUGUUCAGCGCCCGAGGAACGGCCGCUCAAGGUGCCUACGGAGUCAGAGAGGAGCCCCAGUUUGUGACUGCCCGUGCUGGGGACACCGUGGUUCUGGGAUGUGACGUGUCCCACCCGCUCAACGGGCAGCCCUACGUGGUGGAGUGGUUCAAGUACGGAGUGCCCAUCCCCUUCUUUAUCAACUUCCGGUUCUACCCUCCCCAUGUAGACCCGGAGUAUGCCGGAAGAGCUAGCCUGCAUGGGAAGUCAUCUCUACGGAUUGAGAGGGUACGUUCAGAUGAUCAGGGCUGGUACGAGUGCAAGGUAUUGAUGUUGGAGCAGCAGUACGACACCUUCCACAAUGGCAGCUGGGUGCACCUUACAGUGAAUGCUCCUCCAACGUUCACCGACACACCACCGCAGUACGUAGAGGCUAAAGAGGGGGGCAGCAUCACGCUCAGCUGCACUGCGUUCGGCAACCCCAAACCUUCAGUCAGCUGGAUACGGGAGGGGGAGCAGUUACAGGAUGGCACCAAGUACAAGGUGAGCGAUGGCAGUCUGACCGUUUUGUCCAUCACCCGGCAAGACAGAGGAGCAUACACGUGCAGGGCCUACAGCGUGCAGGGAGAGGCCAUCCACACCACACGCCUACUCGUCCAAGGACCUCCAUUUAUUGUCCUCCCUCCAGAGAACAUAACCGUGAACAUAUCCCAGGAUGCAUUCUUUACCUGUCAGGCUGAGGCGUAUCCUGGCAACAUGACCUACACCUGGUUCUGGGAGGAAGAUAAUGUCUUCUUCAAGAAUGAUCUAAAGCGCAGAGUGAGCAUCCUGAUCGAUGGCUCUCUCAUCAUCGCCCAGGUGAAGCCUGAGGAUGCCGGAAAAUACACUUGCAGCCCCAGUAAUAGCCUUGGACGGCCCCCUACUGCAUCAGCAUACCUGACAGUGCAAUACCCUGCCCGUGUGGUGAACAUGCCACCCGUCAUUAAUGUGGCCAUCGGACUGCCGGGGUACAUCCGCUGCCCGGUGGAUGCCAACCCACCUGUCACUUCAGUGAAGUGGAAAAAAGACGGUCUGCCUCUCCGGAUAGAGAAGUACCCGGGCUGGAGCCAAAUGGAGGAUGGGAGCAUUCGAGUGGCCGAGGUGACAGAGGACUCUCUUGGCACCUACGCCUGCGUGCCUUACAACGCCCUGGGUACCAUGGGACAGUCCCCUUCCGCCCCCCUGGUGCUAAAGGAUCCCCCCAAGUUUCUGGUGGUUCCAGGAGGAGAGUACAGACAGGAGGCAGGUAGAGAGCUAGUCAUCCCCUGUGAGGCAGAAGGAGACCCAUUUCCCAACAUAACAUGGAGGAAGGUAGGGAAGCCCAGCAGGGGCAAGCACAACGUCCUACCAAGAGGCAGCUUACAGUUCAAAUCUCUCAGCAAGGAGGACCAUGGGGAGUGGGAGUGUGUCGCUUCCAAUGUUGCCACGAGCAUCACUGCCAGCACGCGCCUCCUCGUAAUCGGCACAAGCCCUCACGCCCCCAAAAACAUCCAUGUUUCGGUCUCGACGACCUCAGCCAACGUCUCAUGGGAGCCAAGCUAUGACGGUGGCUUCGAGCAGACAUUCUCAGUCUGGGUGAAGAGGGAGCAGCUGGGCUCGCACGACUGGCUCUCCAUGCCCGUGCCGAGCGGACUGCACUGGCUGCUGGUGCAGGGCCUGGAGUCGGAGACGGCCUACCAGUUCAGCGUCCUGGCGCAAAACAAGCUGGGCACGGGCCCCUUCAGCGAGGUCGUCACUGUGAACACUCUAGUAUUUCCUAUAAGUACCCCCGAACCUCUGGUGCUGCUUACCCCACCACGGUGCCUCACAGCCAACCGGACACAACAGGGAGUCCUGCUAACAUGGAUCCCUCCAGCCAAUCACACGUCGCCGAUCGAUCAUUACAUCAUGGAGUUCCGCCUCGGUGAGAGGUGGGACGUCCUGGAUGAUGCAAUCCCCGCAGGAGAGACGGAGCUGCUGGCCAGAGAUCUGAUUCAGGAGGUAUGGUACGAGUUCAGAGUUAUGGCCGUCAUGGAGGACCUCAUCAGUGAACCGAGUAAUGUGGUUGGGGUCUCCAGUACAGAUUUCUUCCCAACGCCAGACGUGACAGACGAGGGGCUGGCACGGCCGGUGGUGGCAGGCAUCGUGGCCACCAUCUGCUUCCUGGCGGCGGCCAUCCUCUUCAGCACACUGGCAGCCUGCUUUGUCAACAAGCAACGGCGGCGCAAACUCAAGAGACGACGAGAUCCUCCGCUUUCAAUAACACACUGCAGAAAAAGCGUGGAGACUCCGCCAUCUUCUGGUAAGAUGAGUCCAGAAAGUGUCCGAUCUAUGGGAGCUCCAUCCGAGUCAUCUGAGGAUGGAUCACGAGCCAAGAAAAGUCCUGCCAAGGAGAAGGAGCUUUCCUUAUACAAGAACAAAAGAGCAAUAAUUAGCAAGAAAUAUAGUGUCUCUAAACAUGAAGCUGAGGCUACUACACCUAUUGAGUUAAUCAGUCGUGGGCCAGAUGGUCGCUUCGUCAUGGAUCCCACUGACAUGGACACACCUGUCAAGCCUAGGCGUAUUGAGGGCUUCCCCUUUGUGGAAGAAUCAGACCUUUACCCAGAAUUUCGACAGUCUGAUGAAGAGAAUGAUGAUCCUGGCCCCAUGCCUCCUAUGAUGGCCACUCUUAGACCGCAUCAGAUCUCUCCUAUUUCUUCCAGCCAGGAGUCUUACUUGCAGCCCCCAGCCUAUAGCCCCCGCUUCCAGAGGCCGAUGGAAGGAAUGACCAUCAUGGAAAGCAGUCGACUUCAGGCCAUGGGGCAGAUACGUGGUGCUCCUCAUUUUCGAGCCUUUUCCCAUGGCCAGUUCUACUUGGGCAGCUAUUUAGGCAGUCCUGGAGAACCUGAGCCUCCACCUCCUUUCUACAUGCCAGACACCAGCCCACUCAGCUCAGUAAUGUCUUCACCCCCUUACCACAUUGAGGGGCCUUUUGGUCAUCCAACCAUACCAGAAGAAAUCAGUGAAGGAGAUAUUCAGCACUAUGCAGUCUCAGGCUGCUCCCUUCCCCUGACACACACGUCAUCACGUUCCCCAGAUAUCUGGCAACGGCCUGAUUUCUCUUUUGCCACAUUUGAGGGUCCCCACUUUAUAUUUCCUCCCCCCCACCCUUUGCAGUUUCACCGGGAACCGUCUCUUCCACCACCCCUCAUUCUCCCUCCUAGUGCUCUCCCACCUGCCUCAAUUCACAUACCCUCCUAUCCUGGUAUUCUUCAGCUGGAGGCCCCAAAGAGUCGGCUAGGCAAAUCUCCCAGCAAAUUGAAGCCUCAGGGCCUUCCAGCCAAGCAUUUACCUAUGCAAGAGGCACAGAGUCUAGGGCAGCUAAGACACACAAGCCACGGUAUGGGUGUGCCGGUAUUGCCUUACCCUGACCCAGCGUCUCACAUUGUUGGUCCUAGCUCAUUUGGAAGCCUGGAUACCCGUUGGUAUGAGUUAACUCCCAGGCUCAGUCCCAGACAGCCCCGUAGGAUGGAACCCAGCAUGGUGGUACUCCAGCCUUCCCGUCUCUCACCUCUUACUCAAAGCCCCAUUAGCUCUCAUGAGGGUUCUCCCGAGAUCGUAGUGCGCCCUAGGCCUCGUCCUAACAUUGUCCAGCCUUCUAUCCCCCCUGAGAUGUCUGAAAUAACCCUGCAGCCACCUUCUGUUAGCUUUUCAAAAAGAUCCUCACCUUCUUCUUCCCCUGCUCAAGGUCAGGGAAGCCGAAGGGCAAGUCCUAUUUACCGUUCCCACAUGGCCUUUGGCACCUCAGCAACAAGUUAUCCAUCCCAGUCUCCGUCACCUCCUAUGGAAAGCAGCAGCAUUUUUGGACAUAUUCCAACACAGAGGAGGAGUGAGGAGGAGAUUCUGCCAUCAGAACCCUCUCCGCCUCAGCUAUCAGCUUCAGGAAAACAUCGAGGUACACCGAGUGGUUCUGCAGGGUCUGAGAGGAUAGAAGCCCUGAGAUAUCAACGUGUCAAAAAAGCCAAGAAGGUUGCAGUUAACAAUAACAACUCCAAGACCAGAAAGAAAAUGGGUGCGCCGACCUCUCAGACCCAGCAGCCCCACACCUCUCAGGUCCUCCCACCAGAAGAAGCUCUCUACCUCCGCAAGAAGAAGAAGAAGUUAACCAGACAGGACCCGUACGCCCGCUUCUCCGCCCUGCUGUACCGCCGUCCGCCGCAAGAUGACCAGAAAGCCAUUCUGGCCAGCAUGGACAUAGUGGACCCAGACCACGCCACUUUCCUGUGAGGGGCCAGAGAGCAGGCCACACUCUUCCCGAAACCCACUGGUUCUGCACUGAGUUUCCCACCACCCCAGCUGUGCCCCAUAUCUACACCUCAUCUUUCCAUCCAUGCUUUUCUUUACAUUCUUUUUUUUUUCUUCUUGGAAUCUCUUUUUUCUUAUUUCUGGUUGGUAGUGUUCCAAGGUUUUGCUCCAGUACAAGAUUGCCCCAAACAGAGAACCAGUGUCAUUGGGAUGUUUAUUUAUCUUCCAAAAAACAAAAAAAGGCAUGCUAGAGUUUAGGCUCAUGCAUAUGGUUUACAGCUCUCAUUCCUCCUUACAUUCCUGCACCUGCUUCAUUCUGCCAGUAGUCUUACUCUGUCUCAGCAGAACACAGGGUUCUCAUGCGUACGCAAGAUAUACCUCAGAGUCACCCGAGACUCAUCAGUGCAACACUGCUGGACAGACACACAUCCUGUAACCUCUUAACAGUGGAAUAUAUGGUGGGUUUUUUUGUGUGUUAGCCGUCAUUUACGCUUCAAUAAUUUUUUUCAGGUCUUACUUAUAAGGCAAAAUGACUGUUAUGCUCAUAAUGGUAUUAUGUAUUAAUAUACUUUAACCACAGCACUGCUGAAUUCUCUAAUCUGAUUGGACUGGUUUUUAAUAACAGCAGCUUUGACAGUAGUUCAUGCUCAAGUAUUGCACUGCAAAUACAUGUACAGUAAUUGAUGAAAUUGCGACAUAGCAUUUAACAUUUCGUAAGGAGUUUCCAGCGUCCAUGCUUUAUGAUCGUUAGUGGUAAAGCUGGAAUGUUACGUUUUCAGGCACUGUGUUGCGGUUUUUUUGGUAGCAUGGCUUUUUAAAUUCAAAAGAGAUUGUGAUUGACUAAGAUAUCAGGAACUAUUCGAUAAGGACAACUACAUGAAAUGUAUGUACAAGUAGUCCUGGAUGUUACAAUGAUGAUGCGUUACAAUGACCCCAUCAUUAUUCGAGACAUGGCCUAGCCUACCCAGGAGUCUUGGUGGUCAGUAUGGGGUAAUGUACUGUAAUUUAAUAAUUGAGCAAAUUACAGUGCAUAAUUUAGCAAAACAGAGCAAUUUAUGGUACCGUAAUGUAUCAACUUUACAGUAUAUAUUUAAGUGGAAGUGGGCGUGUGGACGAGAGCCAGUAUGCAAGUGGAGGUCUGAGACGGACUCGCUGAUGAAGUAGAGCAAGACAAGAGCCUAAAUUAUCCUUUAAAACACCAACAGCAUGGAAAAAAUGCGCCCUUUAACACCAAAACAACUGAACUCGACCACUGUCACUGUUGCCACUGUCAACCACUGGCAACGUUCCAACGUAUUGUACAACAUAUACGCUGCUACGUUUGCCUGCCGCACUAUUUGUACAAUUUUAUUGCAUCGCUAUCGCCAUCCUAAAAUCAAAGAGUCGAACCGUCGUAACUGGGGCUACCAGUGUAAACCCAGAAGAAAGUAUAGCAUGUUUGCUGUGGUAUAAAGAACUCGUUGGGACGUGCGUUUAUUGGAAAAUAAUCAACAGUGGUGCGGUAAUUGUUGUCACUACACCACCCCAUUGUCGAUUCCUUUCUCUAAUAGCAUGUACCAUCAGGCUUUAUUUCUUACAUAAUACGCAUUGUGCGUGUGCAGUGUCGUCUUGUUUCCAUUCAUCUUCUCCUCCGUGGAUUUGGAAUGAUCCUUAUUUCCAGCAUUUCUGGAGGAACCAUUGUUUUGUUUUGUUUUUUCGCAUUGUUUAUUUUUAUUAAGCUGAGCAAAGGACAUCAACACUGUUAAAUAUUCAUCCGUCAUCCCGAGAAGGUUACGAAACGGUAUCCAGAGAUGCGCACAGGUUACUCUCCACUACAAUCCAAAGCUGCUAUGGCCGUGUGUACAUGAUUCUGGGUUGGGUCUUUAUGCAUUGGAGCAAAACCUUGGUAAUCACUGUGAUGUACCGUCAUAUGUUGAUGCUAGUAAUGAUGACCUAGUCACGAUUUUGUGAGCUCCUACGGUAGCUUCUAGAAAGAUACAUAUUAAAUAUUAUAGUUUCAAUACUACAGUCUUUACUCAAUAAAAUUCUUAAGUGUAAUGUACUGUGAGAAGGGUAGGACAUUGUGCCAUAAAUAUACUGUAGUAUUUUUUCAACUGCCCCCUUUGAUCCAAAAAGGCAAACCUAAAGUUGGGCUCUUGAAUGCUUAGCUCCAUUUAGUCGUCUUAUAUAUAUAUAUAUAUAUAUAUAUAUAUAUAUAUAUAUAUAUAUAUAUAUAUAUAUAUAUAUAUAUAUAUAAUUUUUUUAUUUAUUUUAAAUGGAAACCUACUGCCUUUGUGGGCCAUUUAGUAGCUUUUCUUUUCCUUUUCGACGUUUAAACUGGCUGCGAGUAGAAGCAACACCCCAGCUCCUGUCUCUAUCCUCUGGAAAGACAUUAUGGGAAAUGCCUAUGAGAAGAUCAGGCUUUCCCAUGCGGCCAAAGUUUUUUACUGUAUACUGUAUCUAUCAUCCAAGGGUGCUUCUUUUCUACUGGUUAAUAUGUAUUCUCACUGUCAGGACAAACAUAUCUGGGCUCAUGUAUGUUCACUUUGGUGGCCAGUCAGUGAAAGGGGGAUGUUGCUGGUGGUGGACAGCAAUGGUGCUCUACCUGUUUCAAAUUACUUUGUCCCUGCUGGAAAAAAAAAAAAACAGCUCACAAGGGCGUAGGUUGGACAAUUGGUUGGUAAUGGGGGACACUUUAAAUUCAAGCUAGGUUGAUGUUUAACCUAAGUUUUGCAAAUUGAUUGUGUCGGUUCAUGAUCAAGCCCCUCCCAAAGGCUAAUCAGUACAAUACAGGCAUAUUCAACAGCCUAGAUUUUUGGGUGCUAUCAAACUUUGGGAGUCUUUGGACUGUAAUCACUUGAAAUUUGCUUAAUUUCUCUUAGUAGAUCUUCCAGCAGAUGUGGCUGCUGCUUGUCGUUUUUGAACAUCGCAGUAUUUGACGUUUUAGGAUUUCAACAUCUUCCAAGCGUCGGAUCAAAACUUUCAAUGUUUGCUGUGGCAUCUUGACGGUCAAUACCUACUGUCCAUCAAAAUGCUUUUUCAAAACUGUUUUUUUUUUCCAAGUAAAAAAAUGUCCUCUUUCAUACUUGACUUACAUCUGGGUGCUGAAUGUGAUCACCAAUUUGCAUUUAUUAUUUUAAAUACAUUGACAACAGGCUGGGGUGUACCUCAGGCACUUUCUGUUGGCACGGUUAUAUAGAUUUCAUUUUAUUUUGUCAUGACUGCACUUUCUUAUUAAAGAAAACAUGAAAAGAAAAAAAUCAGGAAUACCUUUGAUGUAUUCUGUGCUUAUGUGAGACCAGCACAUUACAAGUGUACCUGUGUAAGCGUUUUUAUUUAUUUAUUUCAUUUGUAUCAUUUUAUUUCGCCUUGUUUAGGCAAUUGAUUGUCAACUAGUCAUACAUUAUAUGGAGCUUUUUCACAUACUGCACUGAGCUUGACACUUUUUAUUUGGCACAAAGCUUUGCGACUGGUUCAGAUCGCACCAGAUGGCUUUUUAUUUUAUUUAUUUUGUUCUUUGCAAGAAAUAUUUUUCUGCGAUUUUGAAUCUCUAUACCUGUUGUUCCAUUUGUGAUUUAAUUAAAUGUCUGAUUAGAUGACAAUUACCCAUGAAACACGUGGCAACAAACCUCUAGAUAGAUCUUUAAAUUCAGAAAUGUGCUCCUAAAGUAUUUACAAGACAUGUACUGGGCAAUUUUCUGUUUGGUCAACUAUGGUGCUUUGUAAAAGAUAUAGAACAAUUUGAUGAACAAAAUAUUGUUCUUUUUUGUUUGUAUUUUAUUUUCAACACAAAAAAAAAACCACGUGAUAUAAAAAAGGAAUAUCCAAAAUGCUAGGAAUGUACUGUAAUAUGUCAAAAUACUGUAUAUAAUAGCAUAUAUUGCACAAUGUAUGAUAAAAUUUUAGUAAUUUUGAAUAAAUUGGACAAUAUAUGCACGCGACAAAAUAUAUUCAUAAAACAUAUUCCCAUAUUUCGAAUUAAUUUUCUAAUCAUUUGUGUUUGUAUGUUGCUUUUUUAUGCUGGUUUUGAAGUAUCUUUUAGCAUUUAAUAGGCAGAAGAAGAUACAUUUGCAUUGACCCUGCAUUUGAAGAAUGUGUUUUUGUGGUGAAUGUUGCCAGUUCAUCGCGUUUCUUUACUUAAUCUGUGAACCUUUCAUUCCAAACCUAAACUGAACAGUAUCUUCUGUAGCACCAUCGAGUUUUUCUGCGUGUUGUGUAAUUAGGCUGUGGCAGGGCAACACACACACACACACACACACACACACACACACACACGUAUAUUUAUACAAUUUAGGAGUUUGUAGGUGUCUGAAAGAUCAAAUAAAUGCUGAAUAAACACUCAUAAAAAGUGAAAAGGGCGAUAUUUAAUAAAUAAAAAAGAAAGAGAGAAGAAAGCUUUGAAGGCCAUGAACAAGCGAACCCUUGAGCUCAUUCGGUAGCAUUGUAGCUGAGUGACAUUGACACUGACAAGCUUGACCUUAUCAACCUUUUUUUUAUUGCAUUGCAUUUAUUCGAUAUGAAAUUUAUAUCCCAAGAACAAGCGUUCUAUUAUGUUACCAUGACAAUUUAUUUCAAGCUAGAAACAUUUUCCAUUCCAAUCCAUCAUUUGCGUUUGUAUAAUUUUGAAUAAAACAACCAUCUUAGUAAAGCUCGACUCUUUGUUCUGAUUCAACACGUCAUUUUCACUUUAUUCUUGUCUUUUCUUUGGGUUUUUUUCCUUUGCGUUUUUUGCAUCUAUGUGUCAUGUCGUGGAUGUGAAAUAUCUUUCAUGGAAGAUUGAAUUGUUUCGUUUUAAAGAUUACUCUCCCAUUUGAAACACAUUUUGUUACGUCUCCUGGAUAAGUGUUCAUUUGUCUCAUUUAGGUUUCCUUCACCUUGUUCUAAGGAAUCGCUGUCACUAAUAUCCCCUCUGUAAGUCCUGACGAAUGAAAUCUACAAGAAUAUAUGCAUAUGGUAAAUGUACAUUUCUCUACUUGAGCUUAAAUGUAUUAUUAGUGAUUUACUUUGAUUUACUAGUAUCCUUAUUUUAUGGAAUGAUGCUUAGCUGACAGGACAGGGUCUUGGCACUUUCUCUGUUAUCUUCUAACAGAUACAAAAAAAAUGUAUAUAAACGAUUUGAGACGUGUUUAGCAUGAUCUUUCGGUUUUUAUCGAAUGCUAUUAUCCAGAGCAGAUAUGUAUCUGAAUGAGUGCACAUGAGAGAUUUUUUUGUUUCUGGAAUGAAGUAGAUGAUUUAUUAAGGACUAUUUUUUCAAGGCGAUGAAGAAAUGGGUGUUGUUGCGAUGGAGAUAUUAAAGAGGCUGAUAUUCAACGUUAUCAGUCUGAUCAUUUAGAUCAUUUACUGUAACGUCACACUAGACUGAGAAGCAUUGAGCUCAUUUGAAAUUUGAGAGAUGAAAAUGAUUUCGCUCGAAAUUGUGGACUAAAAAAUGCGAUAUAUUCUUAUUAGUACGGUAUUUUGAUAAAAAAUGGGGUUAUACUAUGAUCUAUACUCAAAGGCAAAAGAUUAUUUUUAUUUAGUGAAGUGAGCACACUGUUAAAGGUGCGAAAUGGUUUUUGCUAUAUAAUAUUAUAUCAAUAGAAUAUAUUUGACUUGAAAAGUUAUUCACAUAAUCAGAUUUUAAGGCCAGUAUAUAGAAAAAAAGUAUGUGGACACCUGACCAUAAGAUUCGGAUGGGUUUUUUAAAAAUCCCAUUUUUACAUUUACAACCUAUUUG